GUCUCUGCUGAUGGCGUCUUUAAUUUUAAACACGUCAUUUCACAGAAUUCAAUGUAAUAGGCUACUGGCUACUGACUUUAAUAAUAAUAAUAAUAACAUUAGCAAACAUGCUUAUACUUAUCUGAGUUAUCAGACAUCAUAAUCAGAUUAUUACUAUUACUUAAGUAUUACUAGUCUAUACUUAAUUAUUAAUAAUUAUAGUGAGUAUACCUUAUAGUGAGUAUAACUUAUAGUAUAUAUAAUUAUAAUAUAAUACUACGUAGUUUAUUUUAGAAGUAGUAGUAGUAGGCCUAAUAAUAACUAAUCAUUAAAUCAUGGCAAUUAAGUCGUCAAUUACGUUACUUAUAUUAUACUUUGAAUGUUACUGUGCAGGUUUCGCAGGCUAUAUUUUUAAUUUAACAUCAAUAAUCUAGGCUGGAUGUUUAUUAUGUAAAAAUUUAUUUAAAAUCAUGAAAUUAAAAAAAAAAAAGUUUUUGUCUUUACAUGUCUUUACUUUACUAUUAGCUUGGCCGAAUCAUCAACAUUUUUAUUUUGUCUUUUUUAAUAACUUAAAUAACUUAAAGCAGUAGUCAGUAAAAGGGUGUAAAUGUUUUUUUUUUAAUAACUUAAAGCAGUGGUCAUUACAAUGGGGUAAAUGACCCAAGCCCAAAUGAUUUAUGAAGUAAAAGUGGAAUUCUUGGGGUUGAUGGGGGAUCAAUAAAAAUAAAUAUAAAAUUAUAAUUAAAAGUGUGUGUGUUUUUAAAACAAAAUAAUUUAGUUCUGGCACAAGUCAUUAUGGCACAGUCACCUAUUUUAUUUAUGCCCAGUGGCAUCACUAGAGUUGUUCCUGCUGAGGUAAACUCAUGGUGUUAACCCAUUCAGACUUCUUCAUUGACCUCCUUCCAGUCGGCCUGAUUUUACCACCUGUUCCAGUGGUACUCUACUCGGACAGGUGGCACCCUACUCUGACAGGUUGCACCCUGCUCUUGUCUUUUAUAUGUGUUAUGAAACUGAUUUGAUUGAGCUCUGUCAAAUUUACUAUUUUUCAUUUUGUGUCAUCUCCCUGUAAGGGCGUCAUUCCUCUGUGAGUCUAGUGAGGGUUUCAUCACCCUGUGAUGUUGUCCUGGGUGCGGUCAGCACACUAGUAACGUUACUGCUUAUGCUCAAAAACAUCAUGAGAUACAAAGAUUUUCUAAAGAUCCCAUAUUUGAUGUCACUGUAUCAGAAUGAAAAACCAUUUAUACAAAAUUUUAAAAAGUGAACAUAUUUUCAAAGAAAUCCUUUUGUGCCAUAAUGAGGAUUUUAUUAAUUUAUUUUUUUCUAAUUAUUUUGUAAUUUAAUACUUUUUUAUUGUAUUCUCCAUAUAAAUAUUUCAAUAAAACCAAUUUGAAUUUAAAUAUUCUUUCCCUUGUUUUAUUUUCUUGUAGAUUCCAAACUUUUACUAACUGAAAGUAAUAUUAGUAAAAUGUGGCACUUAGACAUAUGGUGAUUACCAGUGCUUUUUUUGUAAAAAAAAUAGGUGCCGGUACUCAGUGAUGGAUUGCCUAACUUUUAACAACCAGUUCGCACCUUGAUGCAAGAUAAAUCGCAACUGCAAUAUUAAAACAAUUCAAUUUUAACAAAUUAAUAAUAUAAUAAAUUAAUAAUAAACGUUAAAAUACAAGAAAAGUAAUAAUUUUUUCCCCACAUUGAAAAAGGUGCCGGUACGCCGUACCGGUGCGUACCGGCACAAAAAAAGCACUGGCGAUUACCAUGUACCAAGGGUACCUAAAAAGGUUUGGAUGGUCUUCACAAAGUUGUUCACUGGAAAAAUGCUGUCAACCAAUUUUGUCACAAGAUGUUACAGAUAAACAACAUAUAUCUCUAAAUCCAUGCCAACAUUCCAGUGCCGGAUUGACUUAUAUGCCAAAUAAGCCUCACAAUCAGCCGACUAUAUAUUUAAAAUUGUUCUUUGACCAGCUGAAUUAAUUUAAAUUAGUAGGGGGGGCCUCUGGUCUUUAUAUAGCUCAGGGCCUCAGCAGGUCUAAAAAAUCCGGCCCUGCAACCAUCUGUAAAUUCACGGACAGUCCGUUACAAUUUAAAAAUAAAAUAACUUGCCUUUAAAGACUUUAUGAUGCCCGUAAAAAAUAAAAUAGAGACAUAUUCAAAAUGGCUUAGCUUUACAUUUUAAUAAUCAUAAACAGGAGAAAUGAAACAUUUGUAAAAAUUAAGAUUAAAAAUAUUUUUCAGUAAAUUUGAGUUGGCAGCUCUGAAAUGACAUGCCCUUAGAGAAGGAAAGAAAAUAAUAGAGAGUACAGGGGGCAGGCGUGGGUGGAUAAAGGGGAGUAAGAGUUUGGUUGAGAAUACAUAAUAUUAAUUUUAGUGUAAGAAAUAACUGUGGAUAAUUUUUUAUUUUUUUAUUUUUUUAUAGGUAUGAUGGGUAUACCUUCUUUGUAGACUAUAGCUGGGGGGAGAUAUCAGUUUUAAAUGUCUCUCAGACUAACUUAUCUUUAUUUUCAAAACAGGUUGAUACAACACAAGCACCAUGUUGACAGACUUUGAAAUAGCUUUACAACUGCAGUGGGAUGAAGAUGAUGAAAUGCACGUCAAUAGUGAGGUUAUUGCUAGACUUUUAAAAGAGCAAGAAACUGAAAUGUUAAAUACAGCUACUAAUGAAGAGAUUGCUAUAUUGAUGCAGCAGGAUGAAGUGAAGGCCGCCAAUGAUAUGGUUAGGAGCCACCAGCUAGCAUGGCAACUGCAAGAGGAACAAGCCCCUCCACAGUCAUCAAGCAAUGAAAUCUGGCCAGGGGCAAAUUCAGCCGUUUACCAGGAUGUAACCAGAUGCCAUCAGAUGUCUCAUGAAUUGGCAUUCAAUCUGUUUAAUCCUCAAAAUGUAAGUUUGUUACAUUAUUAUUAGCUAUUAUGUUUUUAAUGGUUUGAAUAUUAGGUAUUCAGUAAUAUUGCCAACCGCAUUGCUUGCUCAUCUCCAUGUUGUCUUUAUGGAAGGUGAUGGGUUGUGCUCAUUCUGAGCCCUAUAAUUCUGUGGGUAAGCCCUUUUCUCCUAAGUUUUUGUGGCCACCAAGAUAUAUUCCCCUGGGGGAUCAUAUGGCCCACACAGAAAAACAACUAGCUGGGAGAUUUCAAUUUUAAAAAUAUUCUUUCAGAUACAGGUGGAAACAGUAUAUGCCACAAGUAACCAUGCACAUGCAGAAGCAUUGAGGAAGCAGAUGGAAAGAUCAGACGAGGCCAACAGUGAUGCCAUAGCCAAACUGAUCCAGCAGGAGGAAGCAGAAAUUGCAGAAGCAAGAAGUCUUACCCUGGCACUGCAGCUCCAUGAAGAAGAGCUCAGAAGAAGACCAACAAAUGACAGAGAGAGAUCCACUGCACCCCCCCACCCUUACGGGAGAAGACCUAUUCACCAGCACCGCGUUCCCACAUCACAGGUGCUUAUCUCAAUUAUUUGAUUGUAAAAUAACCGGUUCUUUAUUAUUUUUCAUAUGAUUGCUUUGACGUGAUUGCUAACAUUCGUGAAAUAUUUGCUUUAAAUAUAUAAAAGGUUACACCCCCCCCCCCCACAAAGUCAUCACUAAAUGUUAGACUCCCUGCUCCCCCUUUUUUAAAUAUCAUUUAAGAAACCUUUGCUCUACAACUGCCAAAAAAAAUUUCGAUUCACCUAAAUUUCAAAGUUCUUUCAUUGUCAUCAAAGUAAAUUGUGAAAUUAAUAACUGGGCUGUUGUCAUAUUGUAAAUUAAAUGUGCUUCUGUUUCCUAUCCAAUAUCACUCUGUCCACUCCUGCCCUGUCCACUAUUGCCCUAUCCAGUACUGCCCUGUCCACUACUGCCCUGUCCACUACUGCCCUGUCCACUACUGCCCUGUCCACUACUGCCCUUUCCACUACUGCCCUGUCCACUACUGCCCUAUCCACUACUGCCCUAUCCACUACUGCCCUGUCCACUACUGCCCUGUCCACUACUGCCCUGUCCACUACUGCCCUGUCCACUACUGCCCUAUCCACUACUGCCCUGUCCACUGCUGCCCUGUCCACUACUGCCCUAUCCACUACUGCCCUGUCCACUGCUGCCCUGUCCACUACUGCCCUAUCCACUACUGCCUUUUCCACUACUGCCUUAACCAUUUUUCAUUUUCAAGCUCUUAAAGAUUCCUAUCCCAUGGACAGGCCUAUUGGAUUACUGCGUCUGUGUCCGAAACAUUUCUCUCUUCAUCAUUGUGUCCCAAACUGCGCGCCAUAGUGUCCUGUGGCUCCCUCAUAAGGGUGCUGUAUUAUUUGAAAAAAGAAAAUCAUAUAAAAAUUUGCCAUUUCGCUGUGCACUUGACGCUAGGCGCCAUGGGGGGGGGGGGUGGGGGAACCCGGAUGUGACAAGAGCACCUUGACUCUAAAUAGUUUGGGAACUUCUGCCCUAGAACAUUUCUAAGUUCAUUUUUUUUUUCUACUAGGCGCCAUGGGGGGGGGGGGUGGGGGAACCCGGAUGUGACAAGAGCACCUUGACUCUAAAUAGUUUUGGAACUUCUGCCCUAGAACAUUUCUAAGAUCAUAUUUUUUUUCUUUCCCACUUUAUUAUGGGGCCUUUUUCUUCUUCCCUGUCACCUACGUUUUCACCAUAAUUUAUCCAGCCUGGCAAUGGUCACUGCCCAUUUGUCCAUUGCCCUCAGAUCCAUCCCAUAAAUUGAUCUUCAGAGACAGGUGGUCAGUUACUUACUAGUGAAGGGCUACCACCAGCUCUCCACAGUACUAGUUCACUCAACGCUAAUGAUGGUGAAAACAUUGAAUCAAAUAGAAUUAAAAAUCCAUAACCCAAAAGGAGUGAAAAUUUACAAUUGAAAUUGGUUAAAAUAAAUUAUGAUAAAAAUUACUGUAAUUCAGUGCAAUUUUUUUCAAUUAAGCUUCCCUCUUUUAUGUCACUUUGCUGAGCUCCUCUGCCCCCUCUCAAAAUUUUUCAUCAUUUAUGGGUGUCCCCUUGGCUAACUCAUUUGAAAUGAUAGCUUUCUCCCUGCUAAUAUUUGUAAAAUGAUUGAUUCGUCAAAUGUUAUAUUUGUCAGCUUACAUUUUCCAUAUGAUGUAAUGCUGUUAGCUUAAGGGAAAUUAAACACCGCUGUAUUUUUUUUAAAGCUUACAUUUUCUUGAGAUUAUGCUAUGCAUUUGAAACUUUAAGAUUUGUUUUGGUAAGCAUUUGGUAUCAAGGCCAUUGGUUACAAAGUUGUUUUUAACAAUUAUAAUAACAAUGUCUCUUAAUAUUAUUUGACAGAAUUCUAAUAAUGGCACAAGAUCAUCAUCAUCAAGAUCCUUGGGGUUCCCUGCAGGAGGUUUUCCCCCCAGAAUGAGGCUGUUGGUGUCAGAAUUUAAUCAAGGCCAUUUUGUCAAUAAUAUCAGUAAUGGGGAAUGUAAGAUUUUUAUAAUUUUUGUCAAAACUUGAGGCUGAGAGAAAUAGCAACUUUCACUGAAAAUUUGGUUCUGAGAGCACUUUCCUAGAAAAGUUGGCCCUGAGAGCAAACUUUCAUAGCAAAAAUGACUCUGAGAGCAAGUGUAACUUUCCUUGGAAAAUUGAUUCUAAUGAGAGCAAGUUUAAAUUUCCUUGAAAAAUUGAUUCUAAUGAGAGCAAUUGUAACUUUCACUGAAAAAUUGAUUCUAAUGAGAGCAAUUGUAACUUUCACUGAAAAAUUUAUUCUAAUGAGAGCAUUUGUAAUUUUCACUGAAAAAUUGAUUCUAAUGAGAGCUAUUGUAACUUUCAAAGAAAAAUUGGCCCAUAAAGAAAUUGCAACUUUCAUUAAAAAAUAUGCCUCUGAGAGCAAUUGUAAAUUUCUUGUAAAAAAUGACAGUGCGAGCAAUUGUAACUUUCAUUGAAAAAAAAAAAUGUGUUAAAAUUUUUUUUUAAAAUUUAAAUAUUUUGUUUAUAGCAUUACUCAACUUAAUUAUUUAAACUAUUUUCAGCAUUCUUUCAAGGUAUAUCCCCUGGAGUAGCUGGCUUGAUGGUAACAGUUUAUUUUAUUCAUUAUUAA